AUGUCGUUUCUUAUACGCAUUUCAAGAGAUGAUCCUGGUACACCAUGGGGUUUCCGACUACGUGGAGGACAAGAUUUCGGCGAACCACUACAUAUCUCUGCUGUUACACCUGGAGGUUUAGCAGAAACUUGUGGUCUACGGCCUGGAAUGCGUGUUUUAUCCAUUGGACGUGAUUUAACAAAUCAUAUGACUCAUCAACAAGCUCAUCAAGCUAUAAUACGCUGUUGUAAUGACCUUGAAAUAGAAGUUUAUGAUACUGGAUUGAUAAACAAAUCUGGCUAUGUUACACCUACUCAUCACAUGAAUAUACGAUCAUCACCAAUGAGUACUGAUUUAUAUAAACCAGUUGAAUUACAAACAACAAAAGCAGUUAUUCACAUUGGUACAAAUCCGAGAAUAUCACCAUGUCAUUCACCCAAUAGAAUAAAUAUUACAGUAAGCGAUUCUAACUCAACUACAAUAUACGACCGUGUAUCGACUGAGAAAAUCAAUAUAACUUGUACAUCACCAGUUUAUAGAUCACCAGAUGUUGUAAGCAUAAAGCCAUCCUUUUCAUCAUUGUAUAGUCUAUCAACAUAUAGUACGCCUAAUUCAGCAGUGGCAAAUAUGCAAAGUAACUCUAAGCCGAAUCACCGCUUGAAUCAAUCGCCACCUUUACUGAGAAAAGGAAUUCUACGCUCAAAAGACUUGAAACUGUGUCCUGUGUGCCGCGUAUGUCAACAACAAAUACAUGGACCAUUUAUUGACACGAAUGAUCAUUGUUACUGUCCUAAUCACUUUGUAUGCGCACAUUGUCAUGCUCCGUUGAAUGCAGAAUGUUUUUUUGCUGAACAGAAUGGAAAGUUGUACUGUGAACGUGAUUUCAAAGAGCAUAUCGCCUGUCGUUGUGGAAAAUGUCAUCAACCGAUUAUUGGAAAAAUUAUUAAAGCCAUGAAUCAAACAUGGCAUCCAAAUUGUUUUACAUGUUAUCAUUGUAAAAAACCAUUAGAUAAUAUAUUUCAUGUAGAAGAUAUGGAUCGUGUACUGUGUGAAGAACAUUGGAAAAAACUGCACGAAGGAGAAUGUGCUAAAUGCAAGCAGCCGAUUUCAGAGAUUGAUCGUUUUAUUGAAGCAUGUGGGAAACAGUAUCAUGCAAGGUGUUUCAGUUGUGCUGCAUGUCAAACACCACUUGAAGGUAAGCCAUUUCACGCUAGAGAUGAAAAGCCUUUCUGUCUUGUACACGCUCAUGCAGUCGCCUUAUUUGGUUGAUCAGUUGGCUGGUUGACUUUCCUUCAAAUUAUUUAAUUGCUUUCAAGAAUGAAUCCAGUAGUACUAACUUUGUGAUUAUAAUUCAUACUGUUGUAUACCUGCAUACUCUGGCCUGUGAUUGAUUCAGUCAUUCAGUCUGCUAAAUGAAAAAAGCGUAGCAGUUCCACAUCCACAUGAAAUCAGAUACCUACAUCCCAUAGCUUCCCAACAAAAUUACUUCCUUUCUUCUAUACAUUUGGACAGUUUCUAUGUCUUAUUUGCUAACUGAUACCUCUGAAUAGUUUCCUCUUAACAGAAUCAGUUCCUUUAUGUUUGUCUUUUUUGUUGUAGUGAUUUCAUUUUGAUUCUUAUAAUUUUUAGAGAAAAAAGUGAAAAAAAGAUACAAU